AUGUUGAAUGGAAAAAACCUAAGUGGGGACUUGCAGGAGGGUUUUCAGGGUGGACUUUUUAUCACCCAACCUCUCCAGUUGUACCGAUUUGAUUGCCAUUGCAUCUGCUAUCUAACUUCAGUGCCCUCUGAAGAUCUGAUAUCCUAUGAGUCAGACAUCUACAGGCAAUCCCAUGACAGUUACCAGUAUCUGAACAGUGAUGCAGAUAGUCAUGGCGACCACUGCUGGGAAUAUCACCCCCACCACCUGCACCCGGAGUUUGAGACCUUUGGGGACAACCACUUUGCAGAGCUCCAAAGUGUCCAGCCACCUCAGUUGCAGCAGCUGUACCGGCAUAUGGAGAUAGAACAGAUGCAUGUUCUAGAUCCUGGGAUCCCUGCCACACACUUUGGGAUCAACCACAACCAUCAGGUUACAUUUGUGCCUCGUACCGUGUGUGUGUAUCCCUCUCACCACCGCAGUUCUGAUGACGAAGAUCCAGACAGACAGAGUCCACCACUGGAAGUAUCAGAUGGGGAGACUGAUGUUAGGGAACCUGGCCCUGGGAUUAUAAGUGGAGAAGCAGGCAGCAAAAAGAAAAUCCGACUGUACCAGUUUCUUCUUGACCUGCUUCGAAGUGGAGAUAUGAAAGAUAGCAUCUGGUGGGUGGAUAAGGAUAAGGGCACUUUCCAGUUCUCCUCCAAGCACAAAGAAGCACUGGCUCACCGCUGGGGCAUUCAGAAAGGCAACCGCAAGAAAAUGACCUACCAGAAGAUGGCACGGGCACUGAGAAACUACGGCAAGACUGGGGAGGUCAAGAAGGUCAAGAAGAAGUUGACCUAUCAGUUUAGCGGAGAGGUGAUGGGAAGGAGUGGUAUGGAUAGGAAGCACUAUAGUCUUUGAAGGAGAGACCCUGGAAUAAUGAAAAGCCAGAUAAUAAAGACACAUGAGUUGGACUUAGCAGCAGAGGUUACCAAACACAUCUUUUACUAUGCUUCCAAAGCCCUCAUCUCUAUCUCAUUGAGGCGAAAUUUCAACAGUGUUUCUGGUACGAAUUCCCUUCUUCAGCUUUGAAAUUCCUACAGAACCCAAAUGCAACAGGUUGGACACCGCAGGGAUUUUCUUUUUUUAAGGGAAUGUAUAGAUAUAUUAUUUUCAGAAAAUAUUUCAUUGUGCUGUAAUUAAAAUUUGCAGCUGACGGAAGUUUUUUGUCCUUCAUAGGCAAGUCGCAUUUCACCUUCAAAGACUCUGCCUUAGCUUACAGCUUAAAACUAGCAUUAAUACAGGCUCUGCUAUAGUUCUCCAUGGCUAGAGAGAAGUUUGCAGAUCUUGGGAAUAUCUUACUGUGCAAAUAUUAAUAACGUGUAAAUAUUUAAUAAAAUCAGGUU